UUUUUUUUUUAUAUUGAAACCAUGAUGACACAAUCUGAUACUUCUUAUUUUACAUUACAACCUUGUGAUAAACAAAUGGGUUCAACAGAUCCCUCCAUGGCCUCGAAUAAACGUAUUAGUCCUCCUCCUUCUUCUACAACAACCUCUUCUUCUAUUGAUACAGGAUAUCUACAAGACCUCGGUUUACCUUCUUUACCACCAUUAUCACAACUAUUGACUACUGAAGAAAAACCAGCUAGUUGUGCCUACGACAAAGCUGCUACUAAUACUUCUACCUCUUCAUCCAUUGCUCAAGCCAUGGUAGAACAACAACAACAACAACAACUUUUUACAACAACAAAUAAUACUAUGACACCAACAACUACUUCAUCUGUACAUAAUUCUACCACCAAUAAUCUCACGCCCGCUGUUGUUUCGGCCAUGACCGAUUCUAUGGGAUUACUUACUUCGACUUCCGCUUCAACAACAACACCCAGUUCUUUGACAAUGUUGAUGGAUCCUACUUCUGCUGCUGCUGCUGCCGCUGCUGCAGCUGCUAUGUAUUUACCUCCUUCUCAAAAUAGUUUAACUGAUGCUACUACUAAUGCUGUGGCUGCUAUGAUGACCAACAAUCCAAUGUUACCACCAUCGGCCAAUCCAUCUUCUUUUUACAAUUUGUCAACUACGUCCUCUUCAUCAUCAUCAAAUAAUACAUCGAAUUUUACUAUGCCACCUAACGCGUUGGAUCCUCGAGAUAAUCUUGAAAAAAGUUAUUCCUUUGUUGCUAUCCCUGGAGCAAAUCAACGAAAACGCCCAAGACGACGCUAUGAUGAAAUUGAACGAUUAUACCAUUGUACUUGGCCAAAUUGUACGAAAUCUUAUGGUACUUUGAAUCAUUUGAAUGCUCACGUCUCUAUGCAGAAACAUGGCCCCAAACGUCACCCAUCUGAAUUUAAGGAGAUGCGAAAGAAUUGGCGACGACAAAAGAAAGAAAGAGAAGCAGCAAGAAAGGCAGCGGAAAAGGAUGGAUUGACGACAAGUAUGAAUAUAACUGGCAACAAUCCUUCAUUGAUGCAACCAUUACAAUCUUACAAUACUUAUUCUUUUCCUCCAUCUAUGUAUUCAUCAUUACCGCAACAAACAAUGACUUCCAUUGGUACGUUUUAUUAGAUAUAAUUUUUUUUUUCAUAUCCUAUUAUACUAUCAGCAUUCCCCCUUUUUUUUCACAAACAAACAAAUCAACAAGAAAAAACCUCCUCUUUUGUAUAUGUCAUUAUAUUAUUAUUAUUAUUAUUAUUAUUUUAUUCUUCUCGAAAAAAAAAACCCCUUUUCUUUUCUCUCUUUGCCUAUUGUACCAUAUUUUCUCUUCAUUAACAU